AUGAUAAAUUUUGCCCAAGUCCCUUCUUGGUUUUGGCCUUCUAUAGGGGUUUCGAAAUAUUGUAUUAAUAACAGGGGACCGCUCUUACCUAACAUUUGGGCUCUUUGGGGAAGUGAUUUACUUGCUACUAUUGUUUAUGUGUCGGACCAAUGCAUUGCGUUAGAACUUGCUGGAUAUCAGUCACCUAUAUAUAUUGAUGUUGUUUAUGCUAAUAAUUAUUAUGUGAAACGUCACCAACUUUGGGCUGAUCUUACACAUAUGCAAGGUUGUUUUCAAGGGCCGUGGAUUUUUAUCGGUGAUUUUAAUGCAGUUUUGGGAGCUCAUGAGAAGAGGGGCACGCGUCCACCACCUAUUUUAUCUUGUACAUAUUUUUUAAAUUGGACUAAUGCUAAUAUUCUUCAUCACUUGCCUACUUUGGGUGUUUUUUUCACUUGGACUAAUGGCAGAUUUGGUGAGGAGAAUGUCACGCUUAGACUUGAUAGGGAAGUUUGUAAUGAAGAAUGGGUUAAUUUUUGGUGUAAUUCUGCUUGUACAGCUUUGGUGCGUCACCAAUCCGACCACAACCCGCUUUUGUUAUCUGUUCUUGUUUCUUCAGUAAUACACGCAAUUCCUCUCAAGUUUUAUAAGAUGUGGACUUCUCAUAUUGAUUGUCAUAAAUUGGUGUUAGAGAACUGGUCUAAAGGUGUUAGGGGGCACGAUAUGGCCAAGGUCCAAGCUAAGCUCCGUAACGUGAAAAAUGAUUUCAAAGUUUGGAACCGAUCGGUUUUUGGUGAUGUCGACAGGCAAGUGAAACUAGCGAAGGACGAAGUAAAUCGAAUUCAUCACUUAAUUGACUCCGAAGGUUUCUCUGAUCAAUUAUACAUGCAAGAUCUUGAGGCGCACUUAGUUUUAACUAAAGCUUUAAACUACCAAGAACAAUUGUGGAAAGAAAAGGUCCGUGACCAAAAUUUUGUUCAUGGUGAUCGUAACACUACUUAUUUCCACCGAGUAUCUAAAAUUCAGGCAGUGACAAAAACUAUUUCUUUUUUACAGGAUGGGGAUAAUGUUAUUACUGAUCCCACUGCAAUAGAAUUGCAUAUUCUUUCUUAUUUUCAGGCAAUUUUUAGCAUGGACAACAACUGUGCUCAGAAUUCUCUAAUUGAUGAGAUCAUCCCUUCCUUAGUGUCCGAUGAUGACAAUCAAAUGUUGUUGCGCCUUCCCUUGAGUGGGGAGAUUAAGGAUGUCGUGUUUUCUCUCAAUGGUGAUGGGGUUCCUGGUCCGGAAGGGUUUGGCGGUCAUUUUACCAAACUUUUUGGGACAUUGUUGGGGUUGAUUUGGUUAACUCGGUUCAGGAAUUUUUCAGGGAAGGUAGGCUGCCCGCUAAUUUUCAUUCUAAUUUUGAAGGUUCAAGGUGCUAAAUCUAUGGGCUACUACAGGCCUAUAGCACUUGCAAAUUUCCAGUUCAAAAUUGUGACCAAGAUUGUGGCGGAUAGGCUGGCAAUUAUAACCUCGCGAAUCAUUUCUAUUGAACAACGGGGCUUCAUUAGGGACCGCAACAUUGCUGAUUGCGUGAUUCUUGCUUCAGAGGCGAUAAAUUCCCUUGACAAGAAACAAUAUGGUGGAAAUCUUGCAAUAAAGGUUGACAUUUCCAAGGCCUUUGACACAUUAGAUUGGAAUUUUUUGGUUAUGGUGUUGAAUAACUUUGGGUUUUUAAAUGUGUUAAUUAAUUGGAUCCUGAGUAAUGUCCGUGAACUUCUUAGUAUUUUUCACAAAUAUUCAGACGUGUCUGGUCAGAGGGUAAAUAAUGCAAAAAGUCGCUUCUUCACAGGCAAUAUGUCAGUAACUCGGAAAAAUAUGAUUGCUGCUUUGUUGGGUUUCAGUGUUGGGAUUGUUCCUUUUUUAUAUCUUGGCUGUCCUAUUUUUCAAGGAAAGCCAAAAGUCAUACAUUUCAGAAUGGUUACAGACAAGAUAAAAAAUAAAUUAGCAACUUGGAAAGGAAGCACUCUCUCAAUCAUGGGUAGGGUGCAGUUGGUUAAAUCAAUCAUCCAUGGGAUGUUAGUUUACUCCUUCCAUGUAUAUUUUUGGCCCCGUCGUCUAUUGCGUUUACUUGACACUUGGAUUAAGAAUUUUAUAUGGAGCGGGGACGUCCUUACUAAGAAAGUUUGUACGGUCUCGUGGAGUGUUAGGUGUCGUCCGUGGGAAGAGGGAGGGCUGAAUAUUAAGCCUACUCGCUUGAUUAAUGAAGCGCUAAUUCUAAAAUUGUCGUGGGAUUUAUUGGCCAAAGACUCACAAUGGUCGACUCUCUUCAAGAGGAGGUUUUUCUCUAAUGGUCUUCCACUCUCCUAUCAUGUCAAAUCUUCGAUUUGGUCGGGCAUCAAAAUGCAUAUUGGUACUGUUAUGGCAAACUCUAAUUGGAUUGUAGGCACAGGAGAGCGUAUUCAUUUGUGGACGGACAAUUGGCUUGGUGAGCCCUUGGUUGAUUUACUUCAAAUUGAUGUUGCUUUUCGUGGGAAUUUGAUAGGUAUGGUCUCAGAAGCAAUUGUAAAUGGGGCGCCGGUGCUGCCUUCAUCUAUCACCGAUUAUGGAGACAUCAAGGAUCGUCUAGAAGCCAUUGUGUUGCCUAGAGGGCAGCUUGCUGAUGCGCUAGUUUGGCCUCAUACUGCUUCGCUUCUCUCUUGUAUUCCGGCGAGUUGCUCUUCCCAUGUGUCCGAUGUUUUUGUGGCAGCAAUCGUGCACACUCUGCACACUAUUUGGUGGGCUAGAAAUUCUUUGCGUUUUACAACAUUUUCGCCAUCUUUACAUUCAUCCAAAGUUCGUAUUCACUCUUUGGUUGCAUCGUCCGGUAAUCCCUCUAAAUGUAAGUGUUUGCAAUCUGAUUUCGCUUUCCAUGAUGCUUUGGCGGUUUCCAUUCAUUGCCGCACUGUCAGAGAUAUUAUUAUAGUAAUGUGGAAGCCCCCAUCUGCUCCGUGGCUGAAGGUUGACACAAAUGGGUCGGUGGUGGGUGGUUUCGCGGCUUGUGGUGGUCUGUUUCGUGACCACUUAGGUACGUUCCUUGGUGCCUUUUCUUGUAACAUUAGUAUACAGUCUGUUUAUUAUGCGGAGGUUCUUGCUAUUAUUUUAGCUAUAGAGUUUGCGGACCAGCAAGGGUGGAGGAAUAUUUGGAUUGAGGGUGAUUCAACAAGUGCUCUUAUGAUUUUUUCGAACUAUAGCUUGGUGCCUAUGCUGUUGCGUAAUAGAUGGCAUAAUGCUAUCACCCUUGGAAUACAAGUUAUUUCUUCUCACAUUUUCCGUGAUGGCAACUGUUGUGCAGAUAAAUUAGCUAAUUUGGGGCACUCCAUGACUGGUGAGAUUUGGCUUGUCACACUACCGAAUGAUCUGAAGGCUGAUUUUUUUCGCGAUAGAUGCGGUCUCCCUAAUUACAGAUUUCCAUAA